UGCAACUUCAUCUGACGGCUACGAACCCGCACGGACAGCAUUCACAGUCCGCAGAGCAGAGCAGAAACCGUGCAAAAAUGGAGUGGACACCAAUGGAGAUUAACCCCGAGAUGCUGAACAAGAUGAUGAGCAAGCUCGGCGUGGGUGAAAGCUGGCGUUUCGUUGACGUGCUGGGACUGGAGGGGGAUCAGCUCUCUGCCGUCCCUAAACCAUGCUGUGCCUUGAUGCUGCUCUUCCCACUGACCCAACAGCAUGAGUCUUUCAGGCUGAAGCAGGCAGACCAGGUUGAAGGAGGCUCUGAGGUUUAUUUCCUGAAGCAGACAGCUGUCAAUUCCUGUGGCACUGUCGCCCUGCUGCAUGCUGUGGCCAACAACGACAGCAAAAUGACAUUUGGUAAUGGCUCUGCCCUGAAGAAGUUUCUAGAUGAGACUGCAAAAAUGUCUGCUGAUGACCGUGCCAAACAUCUGGAGAAGAACCAGGCAAUCUGGGAGGCUCACAAUGAGGUUGCAGUGCAGGGCCAGUGUAGGCCGGAGGCCGAUAAAGUAAACUUCCACUUUAUUGCCUUUGUCAAUGCAAAUGGACAACUUUAUGAAUUUGAUGGGAGAAUGAAUGGACCAGUGAAGCACGGAGCUACCAAAGAUGAGUCAUUCAUAACGGAUGCAUCCAAAGUGUGCCGUGGAUUCAUGGAGAGAGAGCAAGGCGAGGUCCGUUUCUCCGCCGUGGCUCUUUGUCACAGUUAGAUAUUCGGUAGGACACACAUCCAAAUUGUAAACCAAAAUGUCCUGAAGCAUUCACAUGGUCAGCAGGCACCCAGAACAACCUGUGAACCCACACAUCUGCAGACACUAUGCACUAUAAAGCACAUAUUGUUGCCACAUACUGUUCUUUCAUCUCCUGAACAAAGCACACAUGUACACAUAAACACAAACUCACCAUCAGACCCUCUUUGUUCUGCUGACACAAACUGAUAUAAGCUUCUCCAAACUGGUUUAUGUGAUUUCAUUCAGCAAUGGGAUUGUCAAACAUGAGGUCAGAUCUCACCACUGCUUGUUUGCAUAUGUCUUUUUUGCAGCUUUUUUUGUACGUCAUCAUUAGUAUCUGUGUCAAACUUAAAAAAACCUGAUGCUUAAAUACCUUUUGUGCCAAUAAAUAGAAUACAGAAGAGAGAGAAGGGAAAGGCUGAAAUGUUUUUUUUUCUGAAUGCCUUCAGUUGCAGUGUGGUUGAAUUUAUAAGGAUCUGACAUUCCUCAGAACAGCCCAAAUGUGUCCGUAGGAAUAAUUUGACCAUUGUUCGUCGAACACACAACCUAUUGAGUUGUGGUCUUGAGACAGUUUUCUUUGAGAAGUUUGAAUUUAAAGUGAAAAAUGUUAGUGGCGGAUUGCAGUAGUUUGUUUUCAGAAAUGAAUACAAUUUGAAAUAAGUUAGCACUUUUUAGGACAAUGAUUUUUCACUUCAUCUACAAAUAAUCAGAUAUAUUAUUAGCGUGCAAGUUAAACAGAAAACACAAUACGGACCAUUAAAAAUAAAGUGCUGCUCUGUGUUGGGUUGUUGUCGUGCAUUGCAGGGUGAUAGUACUGUAUGUCUAGUCUGUGCACUAAUUGUUUACCUUUAUGCACCUUCCAAAUACUAUGUUGCUGUAGCUCUGUUUGUGAUGCAGCUGUGGGAAUUCAAUAAAGCAAACAUUAG